UCUAGCCGGAGCUCCUCGAGAUCCAGCUCCCCUUCUAGACUGAAAAAAUAUUUCUGUCACUAUGAGGACUGCGGCAAGGCGUACGCCAAGCCAUCGCUACUAGAACAACACAUACGCACGCACACCAAUGAAAGACCAUUCAACUGCUCUUCUUGUGGUGAGUCGUUUAUCAGAAAAGACCAUUUGCAACGACAUAUGCUCAAACACACUGACGAGGACGCCAAACCGCUGCAUUGCUCGAUCUGCGGCAAGGGGGUGAACACCAACCAGCAUCUGCGGCGACACGAAAAAACGCAUUACAAGUCGUUCAAGUGCAGUCAUGAAAAUUGCACCGAGUCAUUCUACAAACACCAGUCUCUCAAAGCACACAUCAAUUCUGUACACAAUGCUUCGCGACUAACGUGCAAAGAGUGCGGCAAGAGCUUCAGCCGUCCAGGAAGACUCUCCGACCAUAUGGAAAAACACCACAGCGCCACGCCAAAGCUCAUUUGCGAGUAUCCUGGCUGUUUCAAGGCUUUCAAGGUGUGGUCUGCUUUGCAACUGCACAUAAAAUCCGAGCAUUCCAAGCUCUCGUGCGAUAUCUGUGGGAAGCGCUGCGUGGGACCAACAGGAUUGGCCAAUCACAUGAAGAUUCACGACGAAAUGACGGCCGUCAAGAUAUGGAGAUGCUCGCUCUGCGACGAAAGAUACCAAAAAAAGGAGGAUCUGGCACAGCAUUACGAAAAUAGCCAUCCGGACCACCAGAGCAAUGAGGAGCUCCAGUACGCCUCUUCG